AAGAGGAGGCCCGGAGGUGCUGUGGUGAGAAGAGGCUUGGGGAGGCGUAGGAAGGACGAUCAGCUUCCAUCGCGCCCCGGACUGACCCUGGGAAUCCCCGAAUUCCCGCGGGGGAUCCUGGCUUCCCUCCCGCGUGGUUUCAAAAGUUGUGAAACUCCCGAGGGUCCCAGCCCAUGGCCGCCCUGGUGUCGCGUGGUCUCCAAGGGAGCGGGGAAAGUAAAACCGAAACCUGCCUGCCGGCCCGCCCUGCCGCCCGCGCCCCGCUACGUUCCAGCCCCGCCGACGGCCGAGUGCGCGUCUCUGCUCCGCCAUGGCAUCAGUUUUGAAUGACAAGGAAUCCAAAGCUUUUGAAAGAACGGUUGUAGUUGCUGGUCUGCCGGUUGACCUUUUUAAUGAUCUAUCACUGACCACAUUAGUGAAGAGACAUUUCCAAGAUACCAAGAAUGAAGGCGGGGUUGUUGAAAAUGUGAUAUAUCCAACAAGAACCAUGGGAGUUGCAUAUGUAACAUUUAAAGAAAAAAAAGUUGCAGAGAAUGUCAUCAGAAAAAAGAAACACUAUCUAGCAGAGAAGGUUGGACCCAUUCAACUCACAGUCUCUCAUUUUAGUGAAAAGGUCUUGAUCUCUGUAAAUGCUAUUCUUGAUCUCUCUGUUUUUCGAGGUCCAUUCCCUCUGGAAAGUCUGGUGAGGGACCUGAAAAAGAAAAUUCCAAGUUUACGCUUCAGUCCUUUGGAACAAAAUGGAAGAAUCUCCGUUCACGGAUCCUUUCUGGCUAUCAAGAAGCUCAAAGAAACUUUGCUAAUUAAAGCAAGUUCUCUUUUAGAAAAAAACAGGAGUUGUAUCAGUGAGGGGGAAAAGAGGAGUAGACAGAGCCCCAGAAGGAGUCUACCGAGAAGUAAUAACUCUUUGGAGUCACCCAGGUCCUCAGUACCCGAGACGGCUAGACGUGGAGAGACUGCCAGAUGUGGAGAGACGCUUGUUCUCGAAACAGAUGUUUUUCUGUACCUGAAAAAGAACGGCUUUUAUGAAAGUACUUUGAAAAAAUUUCAUGUGCUAUGUCAGGAGAGAGUGGAAGGUGAAAUCACCACAAUUUGCAUAAAAAAUGCUCGAGAUGGUUUGCGGCCAAACAAUGAAAAACUUGUAAAAGAGUACUUUGAAAAAUAUUCACAUGCCCUUCACUUUGAGCUUAGAAAAGAGACGUUUGAUUUGGAAGGAAAGGAAAAGAGAGAGAGAGGAAAUAUUAAGUUGGCAUGUGAACAACUAAGUUUGAGGUACCAUCAGAAACUUCUGGUUAAUUUUUAUAAGACACACAUUGAUAUUAUAGGAUCAUCUUCUGACGUUUACUCGUUUAAAAAAGAGCUCAUGAAAUUCAUAAGGCAAACAGGUAGGUGAUAGAAUCUCAGCAAUAGUGAUGAUAAUGGCUGCUGCUUUUCCUUCCUGAGCAGUGAGGAGGCCAUGCAUGAUGAUAGCUUUACACAUCUUAUCUCAUUUAAUCCUUGAGACCAUCCUUCGUUAGAGUCAUUGCUAUCCUGUUAUAGGGGAAGGAACUAGGAUUUGGAGCAGUUAAAACACAUGUCCGAGGUUAUCUAGCUGGCAAGGAAUGGGGCUGGGAUUAAACCCAGUCUAUGUGACUAUAAAGGUAAUAUCUGAAGUAUAAAACUUUGAAAAAAAACUCAUUAAGCUUUGAAGAAAUCUCACUUUCUCUGAAACCCCAAAUUCUUAGAAAAGGAAGUAGCCUUAAUUCUAAUAUACGAGAAGUUCAGAUGAUGAUGAUUAUGCCAUUGGCAAUUUCUUAGCAUUUACAAAGUUUGCAUUUAUUCUAAAUAGAAUAAGGAUGCUGGCAAGCCCUGGCCAGGUAGCUCAGUUGGUUAGUGCAUCAUCCAGAUGUAUCAAGAUUGCAGGUUUGAUCCCCAGUCAGGGCACAUACAGGAAUCAACCAAUGAAUGCAUGAAUGGAUAGAGCAACAAAUCGAUCUUUCUCUCCUCCUCCUUUCUCUCUAAAAACCAAUAAAAAAAAUUAAAGAAAAUAUGUUGGCAAAAGUCACUUGAGAAGCUACUUUUUCUCAAAGUCAAUAAAUAAAAAAUUUAAGAAAAUAAUGCUUGCAAAAGUCACUUGGGAAGUAUUUCUGAUGCAAGUUAAAUUAUUACUUAACUAAACCCCAUUGAUGCAAGACUACUAGACAUGGAACAUUUUUAUCUAGACUAACUGCUUACAUAAAAUGUUGAUUCUGUUAUAAUUAUAUAGAUAGUGUAGCAUCUUUUUUCUUUAUUCCUCCUUUUAUAAUUGUAUUGUUAAAGCAACAACAUUUGAAGAGUUAGAUCAUAGGUGAUAAAAACAAUAACAUGGGUACUGGCACUAUCAGAGGGAACACUUUGCAAAGUAUAUGAUUGUCUAACCACUAGGCUGUACUCCUAAAACCAAUACAAAGUAAUAUUAAAAGAAAACUGUAAUUGAGCAAUAAAGUCAGUUUUCACAUAUGGAACUAAGAGGAAAAGAAAUCAAAUGAAACAUUAAUACAAAAAGAAUAACAAACACUAUUUGCUAGGCAUAAUUUUAAGGGCUUUACAUAUCUUCAUUUGGUUCUGACAGCAACCCUAUGAUGUAGGUGCUGUGGUUAUGUCCUUUUCACAGAUGAGGGAACUGAAGUCUACUGAUGUAAUGUAACUUGUUCGUGCUCUUAAUUACUGUACUGUGCUUCUCCCUUUUAUAGAAGUAGUCUCCUACAGUUCUACUUAAAGAAUUAAGAAAUCAGAGAGGACAGAGGAUUUGAAAGUUCUCUAGUGAAGAAGGGAAGCCAGGGCUCAUAAGUCAUUGAGUUGUAUGACUAUCCUGAAUUUAACUUUGGGUUAAGCCAGUUUUAAGAGGCUGGGCCACUUCAGAGACCCUCUUGGGAUAAUAAAAUGUUUAUAUCUCACAUAGCUCUAAUAAACAAUCAUGCUUAUGACGAUUGGAAUUGUUUAUAUCAGAACAAAUGAAGAAAAACCUUCAUAUGCUUUCAUUUUUCUCAGCUAUCUAAAUCCCAAAUAUGUAAGUAAUUCUUAAUUCUUUAAACACAACAUUUCAUUUCUGUCUGAGUAAACAACUUAUCACGGGAAAUUUGCUAUUUAUAUUGAGUGCCCAAUAAAGUAUCUUCAAGAA